AUGCCUGCCGUCGAUGUUGCUAUGGUCCGAAGCCUUCGGGGCGGGCUAUGGGAGACUGUGAAAGACAGUAUCGCCAGGAGUCUCGCCAACGAAGUCAUCCGGAGGGACAUUGUCGCGGAUGCUGAUAACAAGAUUUCAGACGUCAAAGCAGCCUUUUCAAGCUGGGAUGGGUGCAUGGCCCACGUUUACUGCAAGUGGCCUGCUAUUGCGCUCAUGAUCAUCGCCGGUCUUAUCCUUCUCAGUAUUAUCAUUUGCAUUGUUCGAUGCACUUGUUUGGGAAUGUCAUGCUGCUGCAGUUGCUGCUACUGCCUCAAGUGUUGCGGUAACUGCUGCGGGUGCUGCGAUGCUCCCGGCGGAACGGCACGCAAACAACUCGAGGCUCCAUACGUUCCUCAGCAGUCCGGAGGAUACCGACAGGAGGCACCCAUGGUUGUCAACAUGCCAUCGCACUCCACGGUCCCUGCCUUCUCUACGCCAGCGUCUCAUGGACCCCCGCAGUAUGCCGAAUUUGACGUCUCCAAGCAUAAUGCCGAUGCCCUCCCUGCCAUGCCGAGCUGGGAGACGGCCAACUCCAAACAGAUUGUGUUGGAAGAGGAGGUCGAAAUGGAUACUUUGCCACCGAAGAAGGAGCCUGUUGCUCCUCAGAGCAUGAACAGCCCCGGCUUCAGAGGACAACAGCAGCAACAGCAGAGGAAUAUGGGUCGAAAUGAUCGAAAUGAUCGAAAUGAUCCUUACAACCGGCAGCAAAACAGCUCUCCUGGUUACAUGAACUCUUACGGCCAACAGCCCGCUGCUAGCCCAUACGGAGCUCACGAUCAAGCUUAUGGCGCACACGACCAAGGAUUUGCUGGGCAUGAUCAGGGCUACAAUGCACACGAUCAAGGCUACAACGGACACGACCAGGGCUACAACGGACAUGACCAGGGCUAUGGGGCACAACAACAGAAUUUUGGAGGUCAUGAUCAGGCUUACGGUGCCCAUGAGCAGCAGCAGCCUUAUGGCGCACACGAUCAAGGAUUUGCUGGACAUGACCAGGGCUACAAUGCACACGAUCAAGGCUACAACGGACAUGCCCAAGGAUUCAACGGACACGACCAAGCCUACGGCAUGCAUGAUCAGCACUACAAUGGAGCCAACCAAGGUUAUGAUAACCACGUCGCAGAUGGAUUCAGCGCCAGUCAACCCUACGACCAUGCAGUCCCUACGACUGGUAUGCACAGCCCCGGGCACCAGUCGCCCAUCACCAACCAGCACGACUAUGGCAUUCCAAGACAGAUGACACCCGGGCCAGUGCGUAUGCCAACUGCCCCUCAUGAGCUUGACGGACAGACUUCACCAACCCCGUAUGGCACUGAUCCGCACAUGAGAAAGUCUCCUGGCCCUAGCCUGAACCAGAGACGUUCUCCGGGCCCCAAUAAUGAUAUCGCCAUAACGCCUCAAAACAAGCCCGUCCCUUUCAGGACGUAUACCCCUGGACCGCAGAAUGCUCUUCACAAUGGCCAGGCCUCUCCCAUCACCAACAAUGGGGGAUUCGACUUCAACUCGGGUUACUCUCGUCCCGCGCCUCAGGACGAGCCAAACUACGAUCGCCGCCCCAGCGAAUCCCACGAGCGUGAGGACCAUGAGGGAUAUCCAGGCUUCAAGCCUUACAGCCCGGCCCCACAGGGUUGGAGUGGUAUCUAA